CCAUCAUAGUAUUGUCUCCGUGUGUUGUCAGGUGUGUAUGCCUUUGUGGUAAUAAAAAAGGGUGUGGACGUCCAAGAGGCAGACCUGUCCCAGCAGCUAAAUGACAUGGUAUCUAAAAAGAUCGCCAAGUACGCCUGUCCAGACUGCAUCCAGCUUGUCCAGCGGCUGCCAAAGACACGCUCAGGUAAGAUAAUGCGGCGGGUGCUGCAGAAAGUGGUGGAGCGAGACUUGGACGGGUUGGGUGACCUCAGCACGCUGGACGAUCCUGCAGCAGUUCAAGAGAUCAUCCAAGGUCACCGUGAGCUGUGCAGUAAACAACAACCACGAUGAUGUGUUUUCUGAAGAGGAAUAUAAAGUCAUGCUUGCACAUUACUCUUCGGUUUCACUCAACCAGACUUGUGCCAAUGUAACAAAUUAUAUUAAAACAUUUUUAUUGUACAUAUGACAUUUUUGUGAAAACAGGUAAAAACCCUUAAAAACUGCAUGUAUAAGCAACAGAUGUAGUCUGCUCUUGAUAGGAGUUACAAAGAGCUGAGAACAGUGUGUGUUUUUAUUACAUAAUUGGAACUAAUAUUCCCAAUGUAAUGUGAACAUAAUACAAUAAAACAAAUGUAAUCUCACAUAAAAAGGUACACAAGA